AAGCCGCAGUAGCAGCGUUAGCUCCGUGUGGACGGUGGUUUGUUCGUGUGUCGCAGGUAAAUCAUUCCGGAGCAGCGAUGUCUUCACUUCAAUCUUUGAGGAAUUUGAUCUUCGAGCGACUAACUGCUACCGCUGAAGCAAUAUUCAGCAACGUAGAAAGAAUCGUCGUCGAGUACGAGGAAGAGGUGGAUCGUCAGCGCAAACUGUUGGAGAUCGUUUGCAAACCUAAAGUCAUGUUACAGCGAAUAGAUCUUCCACGGAAAGAAGUUCUUCAGGAGGAGGAGGAAGAGGAGAAGGAGGAGGUUCUCACUGAGCAGCAGCUCUGUAACCAGGAGAGGAACUCCAGUCUGGAUCAAGAGGAACCAGAGUCUCUACAGAUUAAAGAGGAAGAGGAGGAAAUCUGCACCAGUCAGGAGCAGGAGCAGCUUGAACUGAAGCAGGAUCCUAAUGAUGAAGAAAGUGAUCACAUGGAACCAGGACCAGACAUUGACCACCAGCUCCUCUCUCCUGUAGCUGAGAGUCAAGAUCGGACAACAGUCCACGUGAGAAAAAUUACAGGUGAAAAGCCCCAUAUGUGCGACAUUUGUAAGAAAUGCUUUGCACGCAAAAAUAACCUGAUGGCCCACAUGAGAACUCACACAGGUGAGAAGCCAUAUUCUUGUGAAACAUGUGGAAAGUGUUUUUGUCAAAAUUCAGAUUUGACUAUCCACAAAAGAACUCACACAGGUGAGAAGCCAUACUCUUGUGGAACUUGUGGAAAGUUUUUUCGACAUCAUUCAAAUUUGAUAAUCCACGAAAGAAUUCACACAGGUGAGAAGCCAUUUUGUUGUGAAACAUGUGGAAAGUGUUAUCGACAUAGUUCGGAGUUGAUAAUCCACCAAAGAAUUCACACAGGUGAGAAGCCUUAUUCUUGUGGAACCUGUGGAAAGGGUUUUCGACGCUGUUCAGAUUUGACAAUCCACAUGAGAACUCACACAGGUGAGAAGCCAUAUUCUUGUGCAAUAUGUGGAAAGUCUUAUAGACAUAUUUCGCAUUUGAUAACCCACGGAAGAAGUCACACAGGUGAGAGGCCUUAUUCUUGUGAAACUUGUGGAAAGCGUUUUCACCGUAAUGCGCAGUUGAGGAUCCACAAAAGAAGUCACACCGGUGAGAAGCCAUAUACCUGUGAAACAUGUGGGCAAACCUAUCGAUCCAGUUCAGAGUUGAUAAUCCACAAAAGAACUCACACUGGUGAGAAGCCUUAUUUUUGUGAAACGUGUGGAAAGUCUUUUCGAGAUAAUACCUGUUUGAUAAACCACAUAAGAUCUCACACAGGUGAGAAGCCCCAUGUUUGCCACAUUUGUAAGAAAUGUUUUGCACGUACAGAUACCUUGAGGAGACACAUAAGAACUCACAGGUGAGAAGAAGUGAAAUUAAUACAACAUGUUGGUGAAUCAUCGUAGGCUCGGCUCAAAUCAAAAUAGAUUUUGAGUGCCAUCAGUGGGUCUCGACCAGGCAUGGGCAUGAUAAGGCAUGUCGGCCACAUGCAGCUCUUUGUCCCUCCCAGCCUGGAUCUGUGUGAAUUUAAUUAGAAAUGACAGAGAGAAUAAAAAAAAUGUAAAUAACAGGAUUGUACAGUGCGGAGUGUACUUCUCAUUUACUGUUUGUCCAACACAAGAGUGUUAGUUUUUAUUUGGUUAUGACUCUUUGUUUUUAUCAGUUGGUUUUCAUUUUUUUUUUUUACAGCAGGUUUGCCAGGUGCAAGAUUCAAAAAGGUGAUAAAAGGUAUUGUGUGUCAAAAACAACCAUUCAAAUUGCUGACAGAGGAAAAAAACAACAACAAACGAUUAUGCAUGAAAUGAAAUGACGAAAACGAAGCACAUUUUCACAACAGAUUUAGUCAAGUUUCAUUAACACACAGUUCAGUUUCAGUGAGUUGUGGUUAGAUGAGGAUGUCGUGGUGGUGUCAGACAAUAUACUCUCAACACUAGACCACAGUAUCGUGGAGCAGUAUUCAUUAUGUAGUAUAGAAUGAUAUUUUCAAUACAGUUAGUUGGUAAUAAGUGAGUAAAGUUAGUUUAUUGUGUUUGUAUGCUGCACCAAUUCACACCCAAACGAGAUGAAAUGAACAGAACUGAGUUUGAUGACUGUGAGAAACUUAUUAUUGAAUCUGCCUCUGAUUUUCUUGUAGAGUCAAUUUGUUGUUUGUUUACUUCUGUGGGUAAAAAGUAAGUGUUUUUAAUUCAUUUCAUUUUUAUCCUUGUCCUUUUAUCACUGAAACUGUUUCAUUAAAAACAUUCACUGCAGUCGUCAAAGUCCUGUAAAUAAAAGGUUUGCGUGCAAAUAUGUUUGUGCACAUUUUUUAUACACAAUUGAUGCUAAGAAAUAACAUUUUCAUUCAUGGAUUAUUGUUGUUGCUGUCAUGUAAGGAGGGGCUACCUAUCUUUAGUUAGUUAGUUAGUUAGUUAGUUAGUUAGCAGCUUUGUCGCUGUCCCUUGUCGUAGCUCCUUAGGUUUUACUCCAGCGUAGGACCAGAGUGUGUUUUCUUCCCCUCUUUCUCUCCCUCACUUACACACUCUAUAGGUUGAUUUGGUGUUGAUUGACAACCACCCGUGUCUGUCGGCCUGUGGACUGACCAAUCGGCAGCCAGGACGCUCUGAUCCUUCGUGCAGCUGGAGGUUCAUGGUAAGAACGUUGUGGGGUAGAUCAGACUGGGGAAAACUUACUAAGUAACGGGUUGUAAUGUUGUGAUUAUGUGUUUUUGGUUUGGCACAAACCUUUGGUUCCCCCCUCAUCCGCCUUUUGUUAUCUUACCUUAAAAUAAACAUUUGAGUUUCUUCCGGUUCUGUUUUGACAAGGUUUUUUGUGGGGGCUGAGUUUUUCUGAAGAGGAGAAGCUUCCCGUCUCAGAUCGCCAAAUAAAAGCCAAUGAUGUCCCACUUAUUCAGUUGCAUCCAGUUUUACUUUGGGUUUGAGACGUCGGGAGAUUCUCCCAUCUCUAAGUCAUGUGGAUGGAAUUGUUUUGUGCAGCCUCGGUACCUCGGGACUUUGUGCUUGUUUGGAUGGAAAGAAAACGAGUCAGGCUGGCAACGAGUGGGCAGGAAAGGCUACAUGAUCCUCCUGGAGCUCCUCGUCUACAGAAGCCUAUUGCAACCAACUUCUGUUGGAGCCUUUCUUUGUUUGCCCUGUGUUGCUAUCUCACCCCGAGGAGAUGUAACCGUACACUUCUGCACUUGAGAUCAUACGUGUAAAUGAAUGUAAAAAGGCUUUCUUCAUUAUUCUCGAUUAGACCACUUCUUUUUUCACACAUCUUCAGUGCUAGCUGCUGAGACUGUGAGAAAAGUCAUUGAAUUUGCCUUUAGGAGGAAAUUACUGAAAUGUGUUACAGAACUUUGAAGCACAUCACGUUCUCUCUAUGUGUUCUUGCAUAUCAUCAAACAUCCUACACAAAAUAUUUAUAAAAACAUACACAACAACAGCAUUUAACUGUUUUACAAUACUUUCUGAUUCUCUUCUCAGGUGUUAUCACAGCUUUGUCUGCUGCUGCUGGGAGUAUUUGAUUGGUUAGACGUGUACAAGUCGUCCUGUGUUGUUUUCCGGAUACGGCAGGAGUUUCCUGA